UUUCACAAGCUAAAGAACCACGCUACCGGUAAUGUAGACUUGGAUCCUGGACUACAAAUCCCAGUGUGCAUUGCCAACUGCCUGACUUGCUCAGCACAAAGAUUCCCACUUUAUUUCUAGUUUGCGCCCAGAGGACUCGUCCACCUCCUCCAAGGUUCCCAUGGGCAGACUCGACGGCAAAGUCAUCGUCCUGACCGCGGCCGCCCAGGGCAUCGGCCGAGCAGCAGCCCUGGCUUUUGCAAAAGAAGGCGCCAAAGUCAUAGCCACGGAUAUCAACGAGGCCAAACUCCAGGAGCUGGAAGCGUACCCGGGUAUUCAAACCCGCGUCCUGGAUGUGACAAAGAAGAAGCAGAUCGAUCAGUUCGCCAGGGAAGUGGAAAGAGUCGAUGUUCUCUGUAAUGUGGCUGGUUUCGUCCACCACGGAACCAUCCUGGACUGCGAGGAGACGGACUGGGACUUCUCGAUGAACCUCAACGUGCGCAGCAUGUUCCUGAUGACCAAGGCAUUCCUGCCCAAGAUGCUCGCUCAGAAGUCUGGCAACAUUAUCAACAUGUCCUCAGUGGCCUCCAGCAUCAAAGGUGUGGUGAACCGCUGUGUGUACAGCGCCUCCAAGGCGGCGGUGAUCGGCCUCACCAAGUCAGUGGCUGCAGACUUCAUCCAGCAGGGCAUCAGGUGCAACUGCGUGUGUCCAGGAACAGUGGAUACCCCAUCCCUACACGAAAGAAUACAAGCCAGAGAAGAUCCUCAGGAGGCCCUGAAGGAUUUCCUGAAGAGACAGAAAACGGGGAGAUUUGCAACGGCGGAAGAAGUGGCCCUGCUCUGUGUGUACCUGGCUUCUGACGAGUCAGCCUACGUGACUGGCCACUCGAUGGUCAUCGACGGAGGCUGGAGCCUGUGACCGCAGGGCACCACUUCUGGAAGGCAGGCUCUUCCUUCUAGCCACCGUGCACCUGGUUAUAAAGAAAACCCACAACAUUCUCGCUCCUGCAAAUGACACCAUUGGAAACAAGCCCUCUUAGUGACUGCUCAGAAUCUGAGUCUUUAUAAAUACAUUCAUUUCUUUGGAAUCUGUCCAGAACUCAUGCUAAGUAAAUCAAAUAAAAAAUAUUAAAAUUGUU